CGGAGAAGGGAUGAGCAGGAGAGAAGAGAGGGGCUUUAUCCGGCUCACGCCCGCUGUGGACUGAGCCUGAUAAGCGGAGAAUCGCCACAGUCUGACGACAGGGUGUCAAGACAAGAAUAAAGUCGAGGGCAACUCAGACCACUGGUGGAGGCGUUCGACGAGAAAGCAAGGCUUUCAGCCGGGAGUCGAGGUGGAGGUGGAGGGGUUGGGGAGCGGAGCCGGAAAUAGGAAACUACAGCUCCCAGAAGGCAUAGCGGCAAAAGUCCCGGAUGCUGGGGUCGUGAAGCCUGAUGGGAAAGGUAGUUUUGCGAACGACUUAACCUAGAGGGUAGCGAGGUUGGAAGUUCUGAGGCCCGGGGCGCCCGGAGUCGGAGAGAGAUGGAACUGGAGCAGAGAGAAGGGGACUGGGGUCCGUACUCGAGCAUCCUGGGGGAAAAGGCUACGGGUCUAGACUCCUGGAUCUGACAGGCGAGGCGGUUGGAGGACCAUGGCAGCCGUGGGCUUUGAAGAGUUCUCAGCGCCGCCAGGCUCAGAGUUGGCGCUGCCUCCGCUGUUCGGUGGUCACAUUCUGGAGAGCGAGCUUGAGACAGAAGUGGAGUUUGUGUCUGGGGGUCUGGGUGGCUCCGGGCUCCGGGAGCGAGAUGAAGAGGAAGAGGCAGCCCGGGGCCGGCGGCGGCGCCAGCGGGAACUAAACCGCAGGAAGUACCAGGCGCUAGGUCGGCGCUGCCGGGAGAUCGAGCAGGUGAACGAGCGGGUCCUGAACAGGCUCCAUCAGGUACAGAGGAUAACUCGGAGGCUCCAGCAGGAGCGGAGGUUCCUCAUGAGAGUGCUGGACUCCUACGGCGAUGACUACCGCGCGAGCCAGCUCACCAUCGUGCUGGAGGACGAGGGCAGCCAGGGCACAGACGCCCCCACCCCAGGCAACGCUGAGAACGAGCCUCCAGAGAAGGAUGGGCUGUCCCCGCCUAGAAGGACGCCCGCACCCCCAGAACCUGGCAGCCCGGCCCCUGGCGAGGGGCCCAGCGGGCGGAAAAGGCGGCGAGCACCCCGGGACGGCCGCCGAGUGGGAGCUGCGCUGACUCCAGAACUGGCCCCAGUGCAGAUUAAGGUCGAGGAAGACUUCGGCUUUGAAGCGGACGAGGCCCUAGACUCCAGCUGGGUUUCUCGGGGGCCGGACAAACUGCUGCCCUACCCCACCCUAGCCAGCCCCGCUUUUGACUGACCCCCCCCCCCAGUAAACCAACCCCCUCACUC